CUCACCAAAGGUACCGUGUCCAUGUACAGUGCGCACCAGUCGCUCCUCACAAGUGUUCCGUCUCGUUUUAACCAAGACUCUCUCCCUCUCUCUCACAUUCUCUCUUAUGUGUGAACUAGAUGAAGAGGUGAUACAGACAGGGAAAGUGUAGUGACUCAAAGAACUCGACAAACGGAGGAUCAGAAGUAACUGCAGCUCAAGCCGUGUGUGAUGCUGCUACUAUCAAAGAUAAAACUGGUCCAGACAUGGCGGUGGACAAGAAAGUGUUGAAUAUCAGCUCCCCGGUGGAAGACAAGGAAACCAACAAUAAAGUUGAAAGGGAAAACUGGAAGAAUCCCCUUCAGUUCAUCUUUUAUUGCCUAGGAUAUGCUGUUGGAUUCGGCAACGUAUGGAGAUUUCCUUACCUGUGUUACAAGAAUGGAGGAGCCGCCUUUCUGAUCCCUUACGUGACGAUGCUUUUCAUGGCGGGAAUUCCUGUCUUCUUCAUGGAACUAAGCAUCGGCCAGUAUGUCAGUCUGGGGCCCGCUGUUCUUUUCUCCAAGAUGGCGCCCAUCUUUUCCGGUCUGGGCUGGAGUAUGGUUGCCAUUGCUUUCUUCACGUCCAUCUUUUUCAAUGUCAUCCUGGCUUGGUCCUUCUUCUAUUUGAUCUUCUCAUUCUACCCUGUCCUUCCCUGGAGUCACUGUGAUAAUGACUUCAACAGCCCAGAAUGUUACCAUGAAGAAGGCGCCGCUUUGUGCAGAAACCAGAGUCUCUUCUUCUUCAGUCAGUCAUGUCUGUCCCUUGAGGAUUACUGUGGCCUGGCAGACUUGCUCCCAUUUAACGAGACACACUGCAGCAACUCGGCUAACACUUCCUUAACUUCCACCAAUAGAGUGGUCACCAAGAUCUCGGCAAGUGAGGACUUCUUCAGGAAUCGUAUGUUGCUGGUGAGUGGUACCACGUGGGAGGAGAUGGGCGGCAUGCAAUGGGAGCUGGUGGGCUUAAUGGCACUUUCUUGCGUGAUAGUGAGCGCUUGUCUCUCGCGAGGGAUUAGAGCUACUGGAAACAUCGUUUAUUUCACCGCUGUCUUCCCUUACGCUGUGCUGAUCAUCUUAUUCAUCAGGGGAAUCACCCUGGAGGGAGCAUACAAGGGCUUGGAGUUUUACAUCCUGAAGCCAAACAUGACCCGCCUGACGGAGGUAGAGGUGUGGUCUGAGGCAGCGGUGCAAAUCUUCUUUUCCUUGGGCCUCUGCUACGGCUCCCUUAUCACCCUUUCUUCCUACAGCAAGUUCACCUACAACUGCAUGAGGGAUGCGUUUGUGGUGGCUCUCGCCAACUGCUCUACGUCUGUCUGUUUCGGGGUGGUCAUAUUUUCUGUGCUGGGCUUCCUGGCCAGCGAGAUGGGGGUCGAGGUGAAGGAGGUAGCGGCAUCAGGCUCGGGGUUGGCCUUCGUGGUGUACCCAGCCGCCAUAAGCCUUAUGCCUUUCCCGCAGCUAUGGUCUGUGCUGUUCUUCCUUAUGCUCAUCACCGUCGGCUUCGGUACCCAGUUCAGCAUGGUGGAGGCUGUUACCACUGCAAUCGUCGACCAGUUUGAGUCGUUGCGGAAGAAGAAGGCAGUGGUGGUGAUAGGGACGUGUAUCUGCCUCUUCCUGAUGGGACUCUCCAUGUGCCUUCAGGGAGGGAUUUACAUGCUGGAGCUGUAUGUAUUCUAUUCGCCGGGCGUCGCUAUUCUCAUCAUUUGUAUCCUGCAAGUCAUCGCUGUCGUUGGUAUUUUCGGUUUCCGCAAUGUGUUCGCUGCGCUCGAGGAAAUGAAGAUGAACGUCAGGUUGCCUCUUCGUAUCUACUGGGGAGUUACUUGGCUUUGUCUGACUCCUGCUUCUCUCCUCCUCAUCACGGUGGUCUCCUUCACUGACAUCGUGCCGGCCUCCUGGGAAGAGUACGUGUUCCCGGACACCAUACAGGUGCUGGGGUGGCUGCUGUGCUGCUGCCCGCUGGCCUGUGUUUUGGUCGGCGCCGCUUACGCUGUGGCUACUAACAAGGAAGGGCUCCUGGCUCUCUUCAAGACCACGCCUGAGUUUUGUCCAGCGAGUCAGAGAGGAAAACUGAAGGAAGAGAUGAAUGGGAAGUUCCAAUAUUCCUGCAAUAAUGAAGUAUUUACGAUACAGUCUGAGUCCCCAUGAGGAUUGUGUGUGUGUGUGUGUGUGUGUGUGUGUGUGUGUGUGUGUGUGUGUGUGUGUGUGUGUGUGUGUGUGUUUGUGUGUGUGUGUGUGUGUGUGUGUGUGUGUGUGUGUGUGUGUGUGUGUGUGUGUGUGUGUGUGUGUGUGUGUGUGUGUGUGUGUGUGUGUGUGUGUGUGUGUGUGUGUGUGUGUGGUGCUUUAUGCUAGGAUGACAGUGACACUGUCACCAUAUAAGAGAGAGAGAGAGAGAGAGAGAGAGAGAGAGAG